GAGCUUUUCUCUGCAGAUCUGAAGAGCGCAGUCAAGACCGCAGACACCCGUGGAGGCUCCCCCAAGACACCUGGUUCUCUGGGACUGGGGGCCUCGCACAGGACCGCAGGGAGUUGGCUGAAGGACUCGGGUAGCCCAAGAGCUGCCAACAAACCAAGAACCGCCUCUGUGCAGAAAAACAACCAAUUUGUUUUCCAUUCUGCUGCCUGAGACAACCACAUCCUCUCCCCACAUCAGACAGGCUUCCAUGGAAAGCUCAGAUGUGGAGCUGGACCUCCAGAGGAGCGUGCAGGCUGUGCUCCGUGAGCUAAGCACCCAGGUCCCUGCCCUGCAGAGCAACCAAGGCAUGUGGAGGUGGUCCCUGCACAGGAAGGUCGAGCGAGAUCCUAGUAAGAGCCCGGCGCUGGUCCGCAUUCUGCUCAGAGAGCUGGAGAAGGCGGAAAGCGAGGACCUCCGGCAUGUCAUCAUUCCCUUGCUGCACACUGUAAUGUACGUGCUUACCAAGGCCACAGGAAUCACAGAGGAGCUCUACCGGAGAACCUAUGCCUUUUGCACAAGAUUGCUGACCCUGCCCACCCCCUACUGCACAGUCGCCUUGGACUGCGCAACAAGGCUGAAAACGGAGACGGCCAUCCCAGGGACACUGUACCAAAGGAUGGUCAUUGCCGAACAGAACUUGAUGAAUGAACCAUAUCCCUACCAAGAGAGAGUGUUCCUCUUCGUGGAUCCUGAGCUGGUGUCUGCCUCUGUGUGCAGUGCUCUGCUACUGGAGAUCGAGGCAGCCCAGGUGCAGCAGACACCAGAGGCCUGCAUGCGCCACGUGGUCUCCCAUGCCCUGCAGGCGGCUCUGGGGGAGGCCUGCCAUGCAGGCGCUUUGCACAGGAAGCUGCAGGCCAGCUCCCCCCGCACCCUGGAGCACUAUUUCCAUGCCGUGGUGGCUGCCGUGGAGCAGAUGGCCAGCGAGGCCAGCCCGAGCCGGGCGGGACACGUGGAGAGGCUGGAGGAGAUUUACUGCUCACUGCUGGGGCCAGCAGCAGGGCACUGCUGCGGUGACCCUGUCCAAGAGCGGCCACCAAGCAUUCCCCUGCCCAGCCCCUCCAUUACCUUCCACCUGUGGACCGGCAAGGAGCAGCUCUGGAAGGAACUGGUGCUCUUCCUCCGCCCAAGAUCCCAGCUGCGCCUCAGUACUGACUUGGAGGUCUUGGAUCUGCAGGGCAUCCGGCCAGACCGGGAGUUGGCCCGGGUGUCUGUGCUGUCCACUGACAGUGGCAUCGAGCGGGACCUUCCCCUGGGGGCUGAUGAGCUACCUGCAUCCAGCAGCCCCGAGAUAGAGCGAGCUGGGCUGCAGCGCAAAGGAGGCAUUAAGAAGCGUGUGUGGCCCCUGGACUUCUUGAUGCCUGGCAGCUGGGACGGGCCCCCAGGGCUGCACCGGAGAACAGGCAGGCCCGGUGGGGAUGGGGAAGUGCUUCCUGGCGUCUCUCGGCUGCACACAGCCCGGGUACUUGUGCUGGGAGAUGACAGAAUGCUGGGGCGCCUGGCCCAGGCCUACCACAGACUCAGGAAACGGGAGACCCAGAAGUUCUGCCUCACUCCCAGACUCAGCCUGCAGCUCUACUACAUCCCAGUGCUGGCGCCUGAGAAGCCUGCAGCAUCCAGGCAGCCAGAGCUGGGAGAGCUGGCUGCGUUCCUGGGCCGCGUAGACCCAUGGUACCAGAGCACCAUCAAUACACUGUGCCCCGCCAUCCACAAGCUGGCUGAGAUGCAGCCUUCCCUGGACACAUCCCGGACUGUGGACCCCUUCAUCCUAGAUGUCCUCACCUACUAUGUCCGCAUGGGCAACCAACCCAUUUAUUUCCAGAUCUACACAGUCAAGAUCUUCUUCAGUGACCUGAGCCAAGACCCUGCUGAGGACAUUUUCCUCAUUGAGCUCAAGGUGAAGAUCCAAGAUUCUAAAUUCCCCAAAGAUGGCUUUUCACCCAAGAGGAGAGGCGUGGCCGAGGGCCCAGGGGCAGAGCUCUCCCUGUGUUACCAGAAGGCCUUGCUUAGCCACCGGCCCCGAGAGGUCACCGUUUCCCUGCGGGCCACUGGGCUGGUCCUGAAGGCCAUUCCAGCCAGCGAAACAGAAGUUUCAGGGUCUCCUCAUUGCCCUCUGCCUGCUGCUCCUGUCACAGACCACACAUGUCUGAAUGUCAGCGUGACAGAGGUCGUCAAGUCCUCCAACUUGGCGGGAAGGUCCUUCUCUACAGUGACCAACACCUUCAGGACAAACAAUAUCCAGAUCCAGAGCCAGGACCAGAGGCUGCUGACAUUGUCACUGGACAAGGAUGAUCAACGCACUUUCAGGGAUGUGGUCAGGAAUCAUCAGGGCAGUCCUUUAUAUAACCCAAUGAGUCCCCUUGGGCCAGGUAAGAGAUCUGUGAAGUAUAAACUGGUAUGUUCUGUCUCCUGCCUCUUGCUUGCUCUGUCACUGCUCUGGAGUGCAGUGGCACCAUCACAGCCCAUUGCACACUUGAUCUCCAGGGACCAAGUGAUCCUCCCACCUCAGCCUCUCAAGUAGCUGGGAUCACAGGCACAUGCCACCAUGCCCUACUAGGUUUGGGGUUUUUUUUGUUUGUUUGUUUGGAGGCUUUUUUUGGUAGAGAUGAGGUCUUCCUAUGUUGCCCAGGAACAUAGGCAACCUCGGCCUCCCACCUCAGUCACCCAAAGUGCUGGGAUUACAGGUGUGAGCCACCACACUGCCCAAGCCAGAGAUUAAAUACAUCAAAAAUUCUUGGAUUUAUGUUCAAAAGCCUACAUCCAGGUGUAAAACAGAUCAAUGACACAUCUUUAGUUUCCUCAUCCCCAGAAACAGGUAUGGUGUCGGGGGAAAGAAACAGAGAGGACAAAAUGCUUGGACUUGAGUCCUAUCACCUAGAUGGAGUGCCAGGGGAUGAUGGUGGGCAUGGGGGUAAGGUGAGGGUGGUAGAAGCUUCCCUUUUAAGUUUGGGAAUCCAAGAAUAGAGAAGAGGGCACUUUGCCUUGGGCCUCAUUGCCCCAGGAGUGGAAGCAAGUCUCAAUGGCAGGACACAUUCUCAAUGCCAACGAGAGUGUAAGAUGGACCACCUGGGGUGCAGAGGCAUAGGGGCCCAAGGGCAGCCUUAGAGAGAGUCCCUGUGCCUGUAUGGGACAUGAGCAGCAGAAAGAGAUUUUCUCAAGCAGCAGUGUGAAGCAUGGCACCUGAAGGCCAGGUGCAGAAUUGUGGGCACCUUCACAGACACCAGCACAGUGCAGCAAGGAAGGGAGCCUGGUGGAUGCCAUUCACUCCAUUCUCACUGCCCCCACCCUGACUCUGAUGGUUUUACUUGCCUGAAGCAAUCCAGGUGUUUAGCCCAAGUUCCUGGGCAACACCAGCAGCCAGAGGCUGGACAGGGCCCAUGGUCUAGCUUGGGGUGCACCCUGCAGGCCCCAGGACAUGCCUCUCGCACACCUGCACAUGUCCAGGCACAUUGGAGUCUGACACCUGCCUCCCAGUGGACAUGAACCCAGGACAGGUCAGGACUGAGAAGUGGAUGGAUGUGAUAUUCUCCACUGAGGUUGUCCACAGCAGGACCCAGGGAAGGGCGGGACUAGGGACUAUCAUCAGUGUGACUGAGGUGGUUUUAAACCUGAAAUGAUUGCAGUAGCAUUGAAUUAGAGUAAGUUUACCUGGAGGAGACUAGAUUUUAUUUUUCCUCCCACUGGCAUGAAUGUAAACAGAUUCAUACCAAUUUGAUCAUUCAGUCAUUAGGUUUUCAGUAGACAUCUGCAGCGUUUACCAGUUAUUUAGGUUAAGUGAGGCCCCAAGCCUCCUCCCCCACAUACUGUGUACUAACUGACAAUGAAGGCAAGUCAUAGAUCGAAUUCCACUACACAUAGACAUAUGUUGCCAAGUACUUCUGCUCCAUCUCCAGCCAAAUUAGGUGCUCUGAGCAAGCCUUGUAUGAAAAGCUUACUGAAUCAGGGGCUGUACACUGGACCAUUCUGAAGCAAACCCUACAGCAUCCUUCCAAAGGGUUUGGACUACUGGAAUCUCUAGAUUAUUAUAUCCUGUUCCAGCAAGAGAAGAAAUGCUUUCAGAAAAAUUAUACCCAACCCAGGUGACUUAGACACCACUAAUUUCACCAGUGAAAAACUAUUUAUAAUAUCUAUUAUGUUCAUUAGUGAAGACACUUCUGUUGAUUUAAGAUGAAGUGCUUGUCUUAGCUAUCUCUGUCUUUUUGAUGAAAGGCUAGCUAACCACCUCAGCUGUGUGUACUCUCAUACAGGGCACCUGAGCACCCUUAGGUGUGGAUUAAAACUAAGCAGCACAUACAUAGGGUUCUGGGGGCUGCCAUGUGCUGGCAGAUCAGCUGCAAGGAGUGUCCCUGGACCACUGCCAUCGGCUGUCAGCUCUCCUUAGGGAUUUUCCCAGCUGGAGACAACCAUGUCACCCAAGGUCAUGCCACUUCCGAGGGCAGCAUGCAUCCAAUGAAACCAUUCUAGGCCCUGGGAUCAAAAACACCUGCCUUCCUGGGGCUUGGAUUCUGGAGAAGACAGACAAUAAACAAGGUCAACACAUAAACGAUAAACCUGUACUGCCUUGGACAGUGAUAAGUGCUAGAGAGAACGACGAAGUAGG